AUGCAAACUUUUAAUUCUCGUGAUAUUGCAACGCUAUCAAGCCAUCUUGGAAAAGUAACGAGUCUGUGGUCUCAGAAUCACCUGUUCUUUAUCAACAAUGCCCUAUAUAGAUCCGAUAGAUUGUUUAAAUAUACUCCAAAGAUCGCUCUAUCAUGCCCUAUAUUUAUCGUUUCCAUCGCGAGGCCUACAGAGGUCUCCUAUGAGGCAGUUAUGGCAUUAAAUCGUACGUCUUCGAGCAGAGCCUUGGGGCGUUUUUCUCUGCUUUCAUCAAUCGACGGCCUUUAUGUGAAGUGUUGCCCUAUCCUCAGGUAUAUACGCCUGCUUCUUGUUGUGGGAUUCAGAGAUCACGAAGUCGAAGGCACCGUUUGGAACAUGUCGCUCAAAAGUGUGAGCUUGUUCAUUCGACGAGGGCGAUCAAUCCGAGUAUCCUCCCCUUCAGUUAUGGAUAUGCGCUACGCCGGAGAGCCUCUAAAAGUUGCACAGCACUCGUCUACGCUAUCCAUAAUGAGACUACGAGACAUCUCAACCUCAUCUAAGCGACUUUUUAGAGGGCAUUUAUUCGGUUUAAUGCGUUUUUGGGUUCUGAAUCCGGAUUACAGUAUCAAGCAUGAUUGGCAGCCUCUGAACGGUCAAAGACUUGACGCCCAUAACUCUGCUACCUCCGGGGCACGUGAGGACCCCAAGUCAAUAGCCCCGGGGAAAUUAGCGUCCUGGGACAAUGCGCUUCCUCGGAAAAUCUUUCUAGAAAAACCAAUCUUCUAG